UUGGUGAAGUAUGGCGCAUAGAAAUUAACGCAGCUUGACACCAUAUAAUAGGCAGCCUUUUUGUAUCCGUACUUUAAUUUAAUUUGCCUCAGAAAAUAAUGGAGGAAAAUCUUCCUCCAGGGUUCAGGUUUCAUCCCACAGAUGAAGAACUCAUCACUUAUUAUCUGACUAACAAAGUUUCUGAUUUCAGUUUCACUGCUAGAGCUAUUGCUGAUGUUGAUCUCAACAAGUCUGAGCCUUGGGACCUCCCUGCAAAAGCGUCAAUGGGAGAAAAGGAAUGGUAUUUCUUUAGCCUAAAAGAUAGAAAGUACCCAACAGGGCUUCGAACAAACAGAGCUACAGAAGCAGGCUACUGGAAAACAACAGGGAAGGACAAGGAGAUAUUCCGUGGUGGAACCGGAGUUCUUGUUGGGAUGAAGAAAACCCUAGUUUUCUACAGAGGAAGAGCUCCUAAGGGUGAGAAAACCAAUUGGGUUAUGCAUGAAUACAGACUUGAAUCAAGACUUGGUUUCAAACCAUCCAAGGAGGAAUGGGUGGUUUGUAGGGUGUUCCAGAAGAGUUCAACUGUGAAGAAGCCACAGCCAACAUCAUCUUCCCCACAAUCCCAAGAGUCUCCUUGUGACACUAAUUACACUAUAGCAAAUGAGCUUGGAGACAUUGAGCUGCCAUUUAAUUUCAACUGCCUAGCCACUCCAUCAAGUGGGAUCAACAAUAUUUCCUUGCAUAAUUACAACAACGAGAACGUGAACAUCAACUUGGCUGCUGCAACAAGAGAAGCAGCAGCAAACACUCUUCCAUUACUGCCUUGGUCUUCAAGCUUGUUAAGCUCUAAUCUUUCAUCAGUCAAUUCUUUGCUUUUUAGGGCUCUACAGUUAAGGGGUUAUUCACCAAGAGAUCAAGCUGCUACAAAUACUACUCAUGAUUACUCAUUUAUGCCACCACAGGAGAAUAUUACUACUCAGUUUGGAAAUGAUUUUAUUAGUGCACCUUCUUCAUCUAUGGUGUUGGAUAAUUCUGUCCAGCAGCAACAGCAGGAGCAACCGUGCAAAUUGGACUGCAAUAUUUGGUGAAGAGCCGAGGAACUGUGUACAUUAGUCUUUAGUAGUCACAACUAACCACAGCUUUGUAAAGGAGGGAGUUGGAACCAAUCAAGACUAUUUGUUGGAAUUAAUAUGUUUUUACAUGUAUUUACUGUAUAUGCAGCAAGUAAGUCCAUAGGGCAAAAAUCUAUGAGACAUAAAUAAGUCAAAAACGUGGUAACUUUAUGUUUUAGUCUAUGGUUGACUUGGGAAAAAUCCCUAGUCUUUGUUGUACUUUGUCUUUUAUGCACAGUCAAGCUUCCAUAUGUAACAACUAACCCUCCUUUUGAGCGUUUAUGUUUUAAAAUGUGUUUUAACAUUUUGUUCAAAUCAACAA